AUGUUGGACGGAUGGACAUGCAACGAUACACUGUCAUCCAAGGAUGGCGUCCGAGUGUUGAGGAGGCCACGGCUAGGCCUGGACCUGGGGGCUAUCGUCAUCGCCGGCGUCGGCGGCGGUGUCGUCCGGCUGGCCUUGCUGAGCGGUUUGGGUGGAAAGGGGAUAUCGAAAAGGCCAGCUCAGGAAAGGGAUGAUGAAGCCAAGGUGGAAGCGAAGCGAGGCCACGACAGCAGCAACAGCCGCAGCAGGACGUGCAUGCAUGCAUGCCCGGACGAGGCUCUUGGCGCAGAACCGACAUUGGUGAUGAUGUCUCUCCGUGCGAUGGAACCAGCACCAGAGCUUGCACCUGCUUGCCCGCCUGCUGCCGCUUGCUGGCCUGUUCUUUCGGUGGGCGAAUGGAUGCAGGGCGAGACGGGAGGAGAGCGAGUCUGGGGCGAUUAUGGCGUCAUGAUUCGUGCGGACCCAAGAGCGUACGCAAGCACAAGCACUAGCAGAGCACCAGCAUGCACGGUGCAGGCAGAGGUACAGGCAGAGGUAUAG